CCCCGAAGGUGCUACCCUGGAUACACAAUGGAGAUGACAACUGAAAUUUUGAUGUCGACGAUGAACACGACGGGCAAUGGCACCAUCGAUGGCGGCAACGACGUCGUCACCUUGCUCUCACAAGUCUCCAACAUUUUAAUCCUCGUCUUUCUCAUGAUCUCUAUGGGCUGCACCAUAGAGCUCGAGGAUUUAAAAGAAACGUUUCGCCAUUCAGCUGGUUUCUUUGUCGGGAUGCUAUGUCAGUUCGUCCUGAUGCCCCUCAUCGCUUUCUGUCUCAGUCUUACUUUCAAGCUUGAGGGUGCAGGGGCCCUUUCCGUUCUCAUCCUUGCCUGCUGCCCCGGGGGAACCCUUUCAAAUCUCUUUACUUACUGGACAGAAGGGGAUGUCUGCCUAAGUGUAUGCAUGACAUCGGUCUCUACCGCGGUUGCUAUCGGGAUGAUGCCCCUGAAUCUCUUCAUCUAUAGCCGAGUAUGGACGGACGACAAAGCGGUCAUCCCGUACGUCAACAUCGCCACCACCCUUGUUAGCAUUCUCAUUCCCGUUGCUUUCGGGGUGUUUCUCCGCUGGUGGAAGAAGGAAUGGACUAAAUAUGUCACCAGAUUCGGCGUAGUUCUCGCUUUCAUCUUGAUUAUCGUGGUAUGGGUUCUGUUCUUCAUGCUAAACCCGACCUGGCUUUUCGCUGGCUGGCAGCUGUGGAUCUGUGCUGUGUUACUCCCAUUCCUGGGCUACGGAUUUGGCUACAGCUUGGCUAUCCUUUUCCGCCAACCCCAUUUCAAGUGCAGGGCUAUCUCCUUCGAAACGGGAUCUCAGAACGUAUCUCUUGCCUCGACAUUAAUCGUGGUGAGCUUUGCCGAUUCUCCACUCUUCUUGGACAUGUUGUUCUAUCCGGGUCUCUAUGCAGUCUUCCUCUAUAUUGAUUCUUUCAUCGUCAUUAUGUUAAUGAAAGGAGUGAUGCAUCUCAAAAAGAGACGAAAUUCGGCUAACGAUGAAGAUCAUGACGAGAAUAAGAAUGACAAGAUUGGUUUGGAUAACGAAGGCAUGGCCACAGAUCAGGAAGAUGGGGUGAAAGUCGUAGCCAUGAAGCAAAUAGUAGCAGAUAAUUCGGUAAAAACAGAUGAAGAAAUCAAAGUUUAAUAAACUGUAUAAAUGUUUGAAAUGUGAUAUACGACGGAGAUCUGUAGGGAUUUAGUAUCUCCUAAGCUCUGAAAUAUAUAUUUUCACGUGUCCGGACUGUGUAUUAGUGUGUUGGGGGAAAACAAUGUGCAUUUAUUUUUUCCUGCUUUUCCCCACUUCACUUCUAUAUAUACUGUAUAUAUAUAUAUUUAUAUAUAUAUACACCAUAUAUUUUUGCUUUGUGUCAUCAUUGUAGGUAGCAUUUUUGUGUAUUUUCGUGUUUGCAUGUACAGCAUGUAUAGAUCUUGAGUUUUCGUAAUAAUAAUAAUAUUAUUGAAAAUGAAAGUAAUAAUUAUGAUAAUGAUAAUGGGUGUAUGGUGAUGGUAAGGUUAUUAUUGUCAAUUUAGGGAGAGCCAAAAUAGAUGUAACAUUGUUAUGAUAAUAUUAUUACACAUUAAUGAUGAUUAUGAAUAACUCAAAUUUAAAGACAUAUACAUAAAUGUAUCAAAAUGAUAACUCAGAUGCAAAGACAAAGAAUUUGAUGUGUCAGAAGGAAAUGCAGGCAUUUGUAGUCAAGAUUGUGACAACCGGAAGUCUGCAGAAAGUGUACUUUAGAAGGGUUUCUUCACUUCAUAUAAGAUGGACUUGGAAUGACACCAAGUAUUCUAAAUACAAAAUGAGCUAAUCCGGUCCCUAAUCACACUCCUCUCAGAGUUAGAUGAGGGACCAGGGGCUCGUUGUAGAAAGAGUUGCAAUCAAUCGCAACUCUAAAAAUCAUGCGCAACUGGAUUUUCAACCUUU